GUCAACAGAUUGCUCUCCCGCCGGUGAUCACCAUCGAUUAUGUAGAGCCAAUCUUUGACGAUGCAGGUACAAUUGUUAAAUAUGGAUUGCCCGAGCAAGUGUACUGUGCGGAGUCAGGCUCCAAACUGGUUGAUCCCAAAAUGUUAACCCAUGCUCCCGACGAGCUUCGUGACCACCUCUAUGUCAGGGCAUUUAUCUUUCCGGAUCCGUCGGCAGGGAGCUACAUUGUGGUUCUCAUCCACGGUCCAGAAGGUGAGCUUUCGUUCGCAAGGAUAGGUGAUUGUAAGUGGACCUUGCUGCCCCCUGGUUGGGACUAUAAACAAUGCAUCUACAUGCAUGAUCUAUUGUAUGCAUUCACGGGAACAGGAAGAAUUGAUGCUUUUGAUCUCGGUGGCCCUACCGUCACGAGGAACAUAAUUAUAGAUGAGAUUGACAAUUACAUUAGCUGGGACAUGUGGUAUGUUGUUCAGGCACCGUGUGACGGCCUGCUGCAAGUCCGCAGAAAGAUUGAACUAAUAGAUGCGGCUUCUGAGGACCUCAUAGCUAUUAAAACUAGAAAAAUCUUGUUAUACAAAGUUGAUAUGGCAGCAGAAGAGCUUGUGGAAAUAAAUGGCUUGCAACAUCACGUGUUGUUUCUUGGGCGUAAUCAGGCACAGUACCUUAAUGCUGAAGAAUAUCCGCAACUGAAGGCAAAUUGUGUCUAUUUCGCAGAUGAUGAGCAACAUAAUUGGAAGUAUAAGCCGAAUCCCCGGGACAUAGGUGUUCUCAACUUGGAUGAUGACAGUACGGAAGAAAUUGUAUCCCCGCUUUGGUGCAGCUGGCCCAGUCCCAUAUGGAUAACACCCAGUCUUACAGUGAUGAACUUGUCAUUGUACGAAUAGGUAGUAACAUGGCAAGUCUACUAACAUAUGUAUUUGCGACCAAGGAGCUGAUGAGUUUGACAUUUGUCCGUGUGGGAAACACAUCACAUAUGUCAUUGCGUCUA